ACGAAGCACCAGUUGUCAUCUGUGAAAGUUGUGGCGGAAAGUCAUGUUACAUUCACAAAGUUAUCUGGCACACGGGUAAAACUUGCGGAGAAUACGAAAAAGACAAGAAACAAUCGGACUCUGCUACCGAAGACUAUAUUCAAAGAAAUACGAAGAGAUGUCCUAAAUGUUCAAUAUCUAUCGAGAAAAGUAGAGGAUGUGAUCAUAUGACUUAUGUCUACAUGAACACCCCAAUCAUCAAUCCAAUUGUAGCCAUGUCAUAA